AUGGAAAAAUAUAGACAUGAUUCCUCAGAGUAUGUUUCACAUAUGUUUACAGAAAGAAAUGACAAAUCUUAUCCAGUAGGCAGAAUGGACAGGUACAACUCUGUCACUAGGAAUAGUGUUUUGCUUUAUAACAAGGGUCUGUGCGCUUAGUUCAAUUACGAUGAGGAAGAGGAACCAAGACUAAUCUUGAAAUAGCCCUAAAAAAAAUAAAGUGAUAGUUAAUGCUCAUUUUAUGGUCCGAAGCAAUUCACUAUAGCGAUAGGCGAGUAAACUAAAUAGAAUGCUGUUGUUGAACCUGAAUCUAUAAGCAAGUCUAGUUCAAAUAUGGCUCAUCUGUAACUCAGACCAAUGCCAAGUUAAAUGGAGUAUGAUAUAUUCAGACCAAAAAAGGAAGAUGGAUAGUUGAUUUUGCUAGCUGAUAGAGAUGAAGAGCACACCCCUUAGCCAAAACUAGACUCAUUAGAUGAUUUUAAGUUCGAUAAGCCUUAGUAGUAAAAUAUUAUGAACAUAUCGAAAUACCGAACUGGAUACUAAGAUCAGAAAAAGAAGGGAGCAAAAACAAUAAUCUCUAGUAAAUUCAAGCGACAAGCAUUGCAAAAAAUGUUGGAAAAAUAGUAGUAAGUUGAUGAAGAGAGUGAGGAAGACAGUGUUUUUGAAAAAUAGCCAGAAGACGAUGAGAACGUGGAAGAUGUAUUGCCUAAGGAUGAAGAAGAAGAGGAAGAAGAUGUCUUACUUGAGGUAGAGUAGAUUAGCCUGAUUAAAAAGAAAAGAGACAAAGGCAGAGCUUAAACUUUAUUUAUACCCAAAGACUAAGGUCAAUUAGCUGAAGAUUUAGAAUAAGAAUAGGAUGAAGACGAUGACGAUGAUGCUAGUAAAGGGAAUUAGUUGCUAAAAGUCAAGAGUGUUGGUAAUUUAUCACCUACUAAAAAGAAGAAAAGCAAGAGGAGAAAGUCACUAAUGAAAAAACAAAAGAAAACAAACUUGAAUCUUAACUAAAAGGUUAAUGGCCUCAUUUAGCAAUCAGAUCUGAAUCUAAUCAACCUUAAUAUACCUCUCAUUAAGAAAGGGCCUAUUCUUAAUUAGGCUAAGUCAGUAGCAGACCUAGGUAGGUUAUUAAAUUUUGGUGAAAAAAAGGGCAAACAACCCCAUAAAAAUGACAAUCAAUUUAAUAACAAAGAAAUCAUUGCUAUUAAUUCGACACCUAUGGAAUUAAGUAAAACUAAUAAGAAUGAUAAAAAAUCCGAUGCUUUUGCUAAGAUAAUAAAAGAUAGCUAGAUGCCAUACAAUAAAAGACUACUUAAAGAUCCCAUUUUCAGGGAAUUUUAUCAACAGAAUCUAUAAAAGAAGACAAUUGUCUUUGAUAUAGACGAAACACUUGUGUAUGCGACUUAAAAUAGAAGCGAAUUAAAGAAGCUUGAUGAAAUAAUAUUCAUUAAGACUACUAAGUUUGGAGGCAUGGUUAAAGCUUAUCUUUCUUAUAGGCCUUUCCUCUUUGAAAUGCUGAAUAUAUUAGUUGAGGAUUUUGAACUUAUUCUUUAUACCUGUGGUACUGGCUCUUACGCAUCUUCUUUUGCUGAGUCAGUAGAAAGAAAUGGCGGACGUCGAUACUUUGAUCACAUAUUAUGUAUUUAGCAUUGUCUGUACUCAAUGGAAAAUGAGAUCUAUAUUAAAGACUUGAAAAUUCUUGAAGAAGGAAGAAAUAUGAGAGAUAUUCUCAUAGUUGACAAUAAUGUACAAAGCUUUUUCCUUUAGCUGUCAAACGGAAUUCCGAUAUACGAAUACACUGGUGAUAAGAGAGACACUUAGCUUCCUAUCCUCACAGACUAUUUGCUAUAAUUUGCAGAUGCCUCAGACAAUAGAGGCAAAAUAGAUAAAGAUUUUAAGAUUAAAAAGCUUAUUGAUGAAGGUUCGGAAUAGUAUAAAUGA